AUGGCGGCUUUCAUAGGAAGUUGGAAACAGGAGAGCGUUGACGGACUAGACGUAGUUCUCAAACAUCUUGGAGUGAAUUUCGUGAAGAGGAAAGCGGCAGGCGUCCUGUCCCUUACCUUGACCUUCGCUUGCACUGACGAUCAGUACGAAUGCACUACUUCCACCUCGACACAUUCCUUCGUGACCUCCUUUAAGCCUGGCGUUCCCUAUGCGGACCAAAACCCAGAUGGCAAGCCUGUCCAGGUAGGUGAUCUGGUUAAUGCAGCGGCCCCAGAUGGUACUUACACGUGUCCUCGUUUAGACUACUGUGACCAUAACUGGUGA